AUUCUAUAAAAUUUUAAGAUUAUUAUCAUUUCACAAUGUGGUAGUCAAAAUAAUCUAAAACAAUAACAGAACAGUCUAAAAUGGAAACCUCGGAUAGUACUGAUUCUGAGGAGGAAAUAUUGAUAUACGCAGAGUUUGAUGAAAAUGUGGAAAUUGGAUCUUACAGAAGUAUUCACGGUCUAGGUGUAGAUAGUAAGAAUCCCAUUAUUCAAAUGGAUGAUACUUUCUUUACUGGAAAAUAUGAAACUCCAAAUGGGACCUUCAUGUUUUUUGAGCCAGACCUGUCUCCUCUACCCGAAGACCACAUAUUUGAGAGAGUCCCUGAGAACCGUCUCAAAUAUAUCUGCAAGACAAGGAAAUUCCUGAACAUGAGCCAUGCUUAUGUCACACCUAAAGAAGGCACAGCUAAGGACACAAAAAGUAAUUUAGGUAUGAUAGAUGAUGAUGUGCAAGUUGUCACUUUCAAUUCAAUUCAAGAAGCCAUUGAGAAGUUUAAAAGUGACUGGACUCCUACAGAUGACUUGGAAGUUAAAUCUUCUGAAGAAAACAUUGAAAAUAGUAAUAGAGAUGAAUCCCGUACAACUAAAAUGAACUUAGAAGACUCAAUGGAAAUAGAACAAGUAACAUAAUAUUUAAAAUAUGUGUAAUAAGUACAUACUUAAUUUAUAAGAUUAAAGACUAUUGUUAAAAUGUUA